GCCCAACUCGAACCCAUCCUCGUCCGCAACACUCCCAAGCACCCUCGACACCCUCUUGCCAAGAUCCGCCAGACUCAGUCUCGAUGGUACUCGACUGCUCGCAAGUCUGUCGAUGCCUCGAUCCGGAACUUCACAUCCUCAGCGACACGAUCCGGCGCAAAGUACGACAGAGCUUCCUUCCCCAAGUCGAGGACCAGCUAUGCCAUUCAGCAGUCUUCUGGACGUGCACCGUUCGCAUCAACUUUGAGACCGAAUUUGACCGGUGGAGCGCUUGGAAGAACAGCUGGAGGAUAUGCCCUCGGAGGCAGUGGCCGUGUUGGUGGCGCGAGGUUCUUCUCGCACUCACCAGCUAGCCAGGCACAAGUCGUCCAAAAUGUAUCACAAGCCGUGAGAGCAUUCUUCGUUUCCGGACAAAAGGCACAAUUCGAUGGCAUCUCCAACCAUGGUGAUAAGCGCUUCAAGGCUGUGACUGCCCUUCAGGAAGAGACUGGUCGCAAGAUGCGCUCACUUCCCAAGGCUACGCCUGGAUCUUGGAUCGAGUUCCAGGUGAACCCAACCAUCACUGCCUUGACUCCAUUGACUACCGUCACCGGCUACUCUUUCACCAGCACUGCUGAUGAGUCGAGUCACCUCAAUACAGAUGGCCUGCUCAACAUUCUCUCUGUCGAUUUCUCUCGAGCGCUCAAAGACUUGGCGGCAGUAUUGAAUGAUCUGAAACGCUUGUCAGCCUUGGGCGACUUACCGCUGACGUACGAGGGCUGCAACCUGCGUGUACACUUCCCUGGCUGCGACGCAGGCUCUGUUGAGCGUCUGUGCGAAGAGCUUGGUGUUCAACGCGGUGUCGUUGUCCAAGACGAAGCAUUCGAUGUAUUUGCUGGAACAGAAGUCGCGCUGCUCUUCCCCUUCGCCCCGAGUGACAGCUCUCUAUGCGAGGACGAACACUACUCCACUCAGUCGGAAGGUGGCUAUGUAGAUGUUCUUGCUGAGGAGGAGAAUCCGUGGCAGUCUUCGAAUUCGGGUUAUCAUUCAAUUGGGUCUGGAAGUUCGUACGGCCCUGACCGAGACACUCCUUUGGAGUAUCAAGGCUUCGAAGGUAUCUACCGUUUUAUGGCGGAGCUUGACUCCGUGCGG